GGCGGGAGCGCGGCGGGGACCCGUCCCGCUGCUGGGGGACGCGGAGCCGGGGUUGCGCGGGGCGGCGCUGGGGGCUUUGUGGAGAAUCGCGAGCGUGGCUGCGUGAGCGCGCGGAGAUGCCCUCGGAGGGGUGGGAGCCGCAUCCAACUUCGCUCCGUCCCUCUCCCCGCAGCGCUGCGAUGCGGAGCGCCGCUCGGGCAUGAGCCGCCCCGCCGGGCCCUGCUCGGCCGAGACGGCGUCGGGAAGGAAGGGCCCCGGAGGAAGCUCCGCGCUGCUCGGCUCGGGACCGCGGGCUGCCCACGCAGGUUUAGCACACUGGAGGCAUGGCUACAAGUGCUGUUCCCAGCGAAAACCUCCCCACGUACAAGCUGGUGGUGGUUGGAGAUGGCGGCGUGGGGAAGAGCGCUCUCACCAUACAGUUUUUCCAGAAGAUUUUUGUGCCAGACUAUGACCCAACUAUUGAAGACUCCUACCUGAAGCACACGGAAAUAGACGGGCAAUGGGCUAUUCUUGAUGUUCUGGACACUGCAGGCCAGGAGGAGUUCAGUGCGAUGCGGGAGCAGUACAUGAGGACUGGAGAUGGUUUCCUUAUAGUCUAUUCUGUGACAGACAAGGCCAGCUUCGAGCAUGUGGACCGUUUCCACCAGCUGAUCCUCAGAGUCAAAGACAGAGAGUCCUUUCCAAUGAUUUUGGUGGCAAACAAAGUUGAUCUAAUGCAUUUACGGAAAAUUACAAGAGAACAGGGAAGAGAAAUGGCAACAAAACAUAAUAUUCCAUAUAUAGAAACUAGUGCCAAGGACCCGCCUCUAAAUGUUGACAAGGCCUUCCAUGAUCUCGUAAGAGUAAUAAGGCAACAGAUCCCAGAGAAAAGCCAGAAGAAGAAGAAAAAGACCAAAUGGAGAGGGGACCGAGCCACAGGCUCCCACAAACUCCAGUGUGCGAUUUUGUGACGGGGGCACCCAGGAGCGCCUUGGACAUCUCCCUCCUGCUCCCAACUCACUGUGACCUGAGGCUCCCAGCAGCUCUGGCUCGGAGGAGGCGGCUCAAGGGGUCUGGACCCCAGCAAUCAGCUGGAGGGGCUGUACGUGGGGCUGCAUGGAGCCGUGCUAGCAGGAGGUGGAAGGGAGCAGCAGGACUUUGAUGCUGGAACGUUCCCAGCUCCUUCCAGAGGCCUCCAUGGUGUGUGUUUAAAAGAAAAAAAAUGUGUUGGUUUUAUCUGCAAACAUUUCUCCUUGUGACCCUUUUAUGAGCAGCCAUGAAUAGACCCAUUUGGUACAGUCGUGUGUGUAU